AGCACUGUCUAAUUUAUUUUUUUGUUGCAUUCACUGUUUCAUAUAUAUAUUUGUUUAUAUGCUCAAAAGCAGUUUUGUAGCGUGUAGUGCGGUCUGUAAUAAAAUUGUCUCACGUGUUUGUUAAACUUUCUUUCAUUUCCUUCUAUGGUGUCAUUUAAGAAUCAUAAAAUACCAAACAAAUAAUAAGUAAAAAUGGUUCGUGUUAUUAGUCAACAAACAUACGAUGAUGUUGUACAAGAAAACAUUAAUGAAUUUGAAAUGUCUCCAGAAGAAGCUAUUACUGAAGCAAUUAAAGAGUUUGAAGCACAGGGAGUUGAUCUAAGUAACAUUAUCAAAGACCUGGCAAUAAAUGACGACUCAGUUAUUCUCUCAUGCCUGGAGAAAUUAUCUGCUUGUUUGUCAGAAGAGGAAUAUGAUUCAGCUCAUUCCCAACUGGAGAAAUUAAAGAAUGAAUUAGAUAAAGAUAUUGCCCGGCGCAUUUAUGCAGCGAAACACGACGCUUAUUCAAUCUUAACAAGCAUGAUUAAAAAAUGCAAAGACAAUCCUUUAGUAAUAAAAUCUGCACUCAAGACAAUAACGUCAUUAAUGACAGGUCAUCCCGAUUUGCUCGACGAAAGGGGAAUUUCUCUUCAAAUCGAAAUUUUGGAAACAGUGGAUGAUACUCAGACAUUGCAGUGUUUGUUGAAAUGGAUUAAAGAAUGUUGUAUAAAGCAUGAAAUUAAUAGGCAGAAUAUAUUCAGUGCAAAUAUUUUCGUAAAAUUGAAAAAAGUAUUGGUUAGUGAAAAGGUAACAGAAUCCGAAGUGAGAGAUGUCUGUUCAGUUAUAAGGGCUUUGGUACUGGAUGAUGAUGUGAGACACGAAUAUGGAAAAGCCCAUGAACAUGCAACUGUUAUCGCUAAAAGUGCUCUGGAUGUUUUAACUGGGUUAUUGCCAAGAUUUAAAUCCGACAAAGCUGUUACUGGAGAUAUAAUGCUUACCUUAGCAUCUUUAAUAGUAAGAAACGAAUUUUGUCAAGAUGUAGAUGACGCUGGUGGUCUCAAGUUCCUUUUGGAUGUCAUGAUUGAUCAUCCUGAUGUUGAAAAACUCAAUUGGCAAGCUUUAAAAUUGCUCAAAGCCCUUGCUGGAAACGACAAUGUUAAAUCGCGUAUUGUCACUUCAGGAAGUGCCCCUUUAAUUGUUUCAGUAAUUAGUAGACUGAAAAAUUCAGAAACAGUGGUGAGCGCAGGUCUUGCAUGCAUUUCCGCCUUAUCGUUAAGAAGUCCCUCAAAUGCGGGAGUGUUUUUUGAUUGUGGCGCACCGAUGGUAAUCAUCGAUGCAAUGAAGGCUUAUCCUAAAAGUUUCAAUGUUCAGCAAAACGGAUCGUGGGCUAUAAGAAACAUGUCCGUAAGAAAUUCAAUGGAAGCAAAGGAAUUUAUUGCACACGGUGUGGAGGAUAUUUUAAGAGCAUCCGUUGACACUCAUGGUGAAAAAUUAGAAAAUGACGUGAAAGCUGCAUUAAGAGACUUGGGAUUGAAAGUGAACUUGAAGGAAAGAUGGACUGGGAAAGGAAAUUCUUUGAAAAAUUAGUAAUCUUGCCGAAAUUAUUGAAGAAUGAUCAUUUUUUAUAUUAAAAUCAAAGCUUGUUGCAUAUUAUUGAAUUUUUCUAUUUAUAUGUAGCACAUUGAAGUUAACUAUGUACAUAUUUUAAACAAUGCUUUUAUAUUGUAACAAAAAGCAUGUGAUACAAUUACGCGUCACAAUUUAAAAAUAUAAAAUAAUUUUCUUCUUCUA